GAUGGAUCCGAUUCCGGUCUCCCUCAUGCAACCCUCCCCACUGCAUUCCUGCCCUGCUGAUGCUGGUUGGAAGGCUAUCUAUCUAUCGUAGCGCAUCAAACGCUGCCUGUCUGCCGAUUUACCCGACGCGUCGCCUAGUCAGUCGCAUUCGACCUGUCCAUCCUUGUCCUUGUCUUUGUUCCUCCUCGUGUGGUCGAUGGCCGGUGAUACCCACAAGGCCGGGAUCGUGGGCGUGGUGGUGGGAGCCGUGCUGUUGUUUGCGGCCAUGAGUAUGGUCCCAUUCAUUGUGAUGUGGCACCAUCGUCGCCGAACAAUCGCCCGACGCGAUAGCGAACUUCGCAAUCUCACCCAUGGCGGCACCAUGCGGCAGGUGUCAGUGGAACGAUGGCUCGAAGAGCAGACACAUGCGGACCACAGCGACCGCCAAUAUGCCCAGGAAUCCUGUGCCAUCUGUCUCUCGGGUCUCGCAGCCUCUCAAGAUACUCUCCCUUUCCCCGAGCCCGCCUGUAUCGCACCAUCACCCCGCAAUGAAACCAACCUGCAGGACCCCAUGGAGACCGGUCGAGUGUGCGGGGGGAGAAACAUCCUGGUGCUCAACCGCUGCCACCAUGUUUUCCAUGCUUCUUGUCUCGCAGCAUGGUUCCAGUACCAUCAGCAUAGAUGCCCGAUUUGUCAAACAGCAUAUUCCACCGAGUAAUAGCCAGUGGCCGCAAUGGAACUCAUGUGUUUCCUGGACUAUAACUGUGCCAAGACUAGCAUUAUGAUUGGCAAACUCUAAGUUCGCUCAGAUCCACCAGGCUCGCCUCUCCGGGUCAUCUCCACGAACGCAUUGUCACGUCAUAAAACCAAGCAUAACUGCGAAUAAGAAGUCCUGAAGAGUCUUAGCG